CCCUCUCCCUCCCCGCCUUCGCCCCCUCCUCUCCCGCCUCCUCCGCUCUCCUCCCUCCUCCUCCUUUCCCGAGCGGCCRGCCGGGGCUCGAGAGAGGUGGCAGCGAGGAGGCGUAACGGAAAGCCCCUGCUAGGGGAAGGCUGCGGGCUCUGAGCUCGAGACUCUGCGCUGAGGCCGGGUAAACUUGUAAACUGACUGUUGAGUUCACAGCUGACCUGUACCUUCUGCAUUUCAUUAAGAAGCACCUCAAACAGGUGGCAUUUUUCUGAAGUUGUUCAUUGAGACCUCCCUGUAUUCCUGCAAAACUAUAAAUACGUGAGGCCGCCGCGGGGCUGCUGCCGCCCAGCGCAGUACUCGGUGUCACUCAGCACGAAUGCCGCGCGCCCGGGACCGCGCUGCUGCCGCAGGCCGCGGGAGUGAAUGACCACUGCUGCGACUUCCUUCCCAGCCUUCCUGAGCAGCCUCCCGCCUAGCCGGCUAGCUGUUUUGGUUGACCCCGUGGAUUCCUGCCUCUUUCUCCGCCGUGAACUUCAAUAUGUGUCAUGUCAUUGUCACCUGCCGCUCGAUGCUCUGGACCCUCCUAAGUAUUGUGGUGGCCUUUGCGGAGCUCAUUGCCUUCAUGAGCGCGGACUGGCUGAUUGGGAAAGCUAAGAGCCGCGGCAAUGCCGAGCCGGCCGGCGCGGGCGGGGGUCCCUCCGAGCCCUACCAUCCAACUUUGGGCAUCUAUGCCCGCUGCAUCCGCAACCCCGGCGUGCAGCACUUCCCGCGGGACACGCUGUGCGGGCCCUACGCUGAGAGCUUCGGCGAGAUCGCCAGUGGCUUCUGGCAGGCCACUGCUAUUUUCCUGGCCGUGGGGAUCUUCAUUCUCUGCAUGGUGGCCUUGGUGUCAGUCUUCACCAUGUGUGUGCAAAGCAUCAUGAAGAAAAGCAUUUUCAACGUCUGCGGGCUCUUGCAAGGAAUCGCAGGCCUAUUCCUUAUCCUCGGUUUGAUACUCUACCCUGCUGGCUGGGGUUGCCAGAAAGCCAUAGACUACUGUGGACAUUAUGCAUCUGCCUACAGACCUGGAGACUGCUCCUUGGGCUGGGCCUUUUACACCGCCAUUGGUGGCACAGUCCUCACCUUCAUCUGUGCUGUCUUCUCCGCACAAGCAGAAAUUGCAACUUCCAGUGACAAAGUACAAGAAGAAAUUGAAGAGGGGAAGAACCUUAUCUGCCUCCUUUAGUUUGGAAGAGACAUUAAUGCCAUUUUCUUUCUUGUGUAAUGUUGUGAAACAGUCCUCAUCCUUUGAAUCAUGUGGAGAACUAGCCUGUACCUAUCAAAGCCACAUUCCACAGCCCCAGGCUUUAGCAGGACCAAUGACGGGCAAAGUUACUGAACAGGAGGGCUGCAGUGCAAAUGACAAGGGAUGGAACGUGAAAAUAGUCUGAGACCCUGACUGUAGUCAAGGAGUCCUGUCAGACUCCACCUCCCCCAGGGCUCCAUGAAGGAUAAUGAUUUGAAUCAUAAAGGCAUCUGAAUUUCUGAUAAAAUGGGAGACUGUUAGCCAGCUUUGCAGGCUGUUUUGAGGCACAUUUGUGCCUCAAAGCUGCACACCUGUGAGCAUCUGCCUCCACAUGCAGUCUAGGGUUGGUGUUUUGGUUUUCUGUGUAGUUCUUUUCAAGGUGUCUCAAUUGAAGACUAAAAGGAAGUCUGCAAAUUUACUGGGGAUAGAAUGUGUGCUAAAGGACACAGCAAGACACUGUCUCUUGCUUAGCUGACCAAAAGGAAUCAGCAGGGACAGUGUGGAAACUUGCAGUAGAACUUAAUUUUAGGCUAAAUUCAGGGUAAGGUGGAUAAAAAGAACUGUCACUCUCUAAGAUUUUAGAAACUUUUGAAUAAAGAAAAAUUAAGGACCAGUACAAUCGUGAGACUAAAACUACAGAACCUUGCCAGUUGAAGACAAAUUCUUUCCUCUUCUCAGCAGACAGGCUAGGGCCCAGGCUGGUCCACUCUCCUCUCCCCGCCCCCCAUCACAGUUUUCUCCCAGGAUUAGGAUUGUGCUUUGACUGCCAAAGGAAAACUUAACUCUGUUUCCACCUUCGGAGGACCGUGAUCUCCAAACUAGCUGUGGCUCAUUUAGAUGUUCACUGGGAGGGACCACAAGAAUCUCAGCAUUUCAAGGAGACAUUUUCUGUUUGGUGACCCUUAAAGUUAGCAGCAGAAUGGCAUUUUUGGCAGAAAAAAGGGAGGUAGUCACAAGAGUUAAGUUUCUGUAGCCACUGGUGUUGAUCCUGAAAGCAGAUUGAAAUAACAUUAAAUUGCUGCAACCAAAGAGCUGCAUCAAAGACUUUGUCCCCAGAAAAACAGAGUAGAAAGUUAAUGCAAAAAACACAAACCAAACUAAACUCAUCACACCUGCCCACACUUGUUUACAAGAACAAUCAAGCACCACUAUUAAAAAGGAUUCAGGCUUUUCAUCUAGUUUCCUUAAAUUUCUAAUACAUUGAUUCAGGAAGAUUGUAAUCGGAAUGACCCAAGUAGCCAGAAAUGACAUGGGAACACUCCUUAGCACCUGAAGGAAGUGGGGUGGACCUGCCAGAUUUGAGGAAAGAUUGAAAGUGUAGGUCUCUGUGGGUUUCUUAAUCUGCUUGCUUGAGGGUGGUUUUGAAAUUUUAAUAGUCACUAGGCCCCUUUUACUGGCAAGUUAUUGUGUGGUACAUCAGGUAUACAACCCUGACUUAGAUUUUUACAGCCUUGCCCUGGUGAAUCAUGUUAAAGCCUGGUGAAUCAUGAGUCUGGAACUAAGCCUUGUACAGAAUAAAUAAGUACUUUAUUUAUAUACAGAAUAGGACAACUAAAGUUUUAUUACAUUUUGUCCUUUGGCCUACACUAGAAACCAACUUAUCUAACAGAUGAAAGUCUAAGGAUCAGAGGAGUGAGGAAUAUGGAACCAGGUCUUAAUUUAUGAUUUUUAAACCAAAGUUCAAAGUAAGCAAGGUUUAAAUCCUAUCUUUUUCCCCCCUCAGAGAAGUGUAAACAGAAAUCUUCCUAGCAACCUCAGUAAAGGCUCAGGAAACAUUAACCAUCUCUCCAGCCACAUGAAAACAGUCUAUGGAAGCCACUGGAGAAGGUGCCUGUCCCUGAUUGAAUUUACAGUGUUCUCACUAAGGCCCUCUGCUAGCAUGUGGGCAAUACUUAUCAUUAAAAGCAAUUUCCAUCAUCAGGCAAAUUUUGAUAAAAAUAAUUUUUUUCUUAUCAUUUUUCUUUACAACAGAGAGAAUUUUCUAACACUAUUUUUUUUUAAAAUCUCAGUCUCCUGCUUUAAAAAUCCUAACCCCAGAAGACCCCCUGAACAUGUCUAUCACAUGCUCUUUGACUAAGUGGCAGUGUACCCUUCAAUCAACCUGGUAAUAUUCAUAAGUGAAAAUGUGAUCUCUCAUAAAGUCACUUGACAGUGUUUAUUUGGUUAAUUUGAAUGUUAUAAAAGACCAAAAAUGGCACAUGCACAAACAAAACCCUAAGCUACUAAAAACUACCUGAACACUAACUUCCUACAGCAGAGCAGAGGCUGAAUUUUCUACCAGAGACAGAGAUAGUGGGUCUUCUAAAUCUUUAAUCCAUUAGACUGACUUUGGGAUGAAAGGACCAUCUAAAAAUCAGGCUUUCUAUAUCAAAACUCUUCUGCAUGGCUCUUUUAAAAAACCACUUGUUGACCCACUCACGUUUUUCUAAUAAGUAGGACCAUUACUACUAAAAGGAAAGUAUAAUUUAUUUUGCCUGCAUUUGUGCUUAAAAGUUCUAUCGUGGGCUGGGCUUCUCAAUGAACUCUAAGGCAGAAGUAUUUGCCUUGGGGUUUGUGGAUUCUUUAAACCUGUGUGCUAAUUCAACAAUGUUACAUUAAUUGUGUAAGGGUUUUUGUAUAGUUUUCAAACAUCUGUGGUGUAAUGAUCUUUGUUAAACAUGUAUUCUGUAAAGUGCCAUAGUCUUUUUUA